GAGCUUGUGUCACCUGGCUUCAGGUAUUGCAGGUAUCUGGUGUGUCUGACGCUGUCUUUAUGUCUGUCCGGAUUGGAGGUGGGAGGGUCUCAGGUGAAAGACCCCACAACCCCAGCUACCUACGAAGAUGCCCCCUGAACCAUGGAGCGAGGGGACUCAGGGGGGAGAGUCCUCAGGGGUAGAGAUGCACCCGGGCUUCACAACCGGGGCAGAAGCAGAGACUGGGACCCCAUCAGCUGCACAGGAUCUGCAGCCUCAGCUCCAACCUGGACCAGCUCCGGAUAUCGCUGCCUCCCAGCCUCCUCUUAGCAAUGUGCCCGCCAACCCCAACCUAGACUCCAACCCGCCUCGGGGGACCUGGGGAGGAAAGUAUGAGUUCCUGCUGUCCUGCGUUGGCUACUGCGUGGGUCUGGGGAACGUCUGGAGAUUCCCGUACCUCUGCUACCGCAAUGGAGGAGGAGCCUUCCUCAUCCCGUACGCCAUCAUGCUCUUCUUCACGGGGCUGCCGCUCUUCCUCAUGGAGCUGAGUUUGGGGCAGUACGGAUCAGCAGGGCCCAUAACCGUGUGGAAGUGCUGCCCCAUCCUUAAAGGGGUCGGAAUCGGGAUGCUGCUGGUCUCCACGCUGGUCUCGCUGUAUUAUAAUGUGAUCAUCGCCUGGACCUUCUAUUAUCUGGGCCAGUCCUUCCAAAGCCCCCUGCCCUGGUCCUGCCAAGCCCCUCGCUACGCCCAGCUCUGCAAGAACGUUUCAAGUAACGGAUCUCACUUCAGCGCCUCGGAAGCUUUCUGGAACGAGAAGGUCCUUGGCGUGGUGCACAGCUCUGGACUCGGUGACCCCGGCCCGGUGCGCUGGGAGCUCGCGAUCUGUCUGCUGGCCGCUUGGAUCAUCAUUUUCCUCUGUAUGUUAAAAGGCAUCCACAGCUCUGGAAAGAUCGUGUAUUUCACGGCCACCUUCCCCUAUUUCGUCAUCAUCGUUCUCAUCAUAAGAGGGGCCACGCUGGAGGGGUCCAUAGAUGGAGUGAAGUUCUAUCUGACGGCUGAUUUCUCAAGACUGAAAAGUGCUCAGGUCUGGAAUGACGCGGCUUCCCAGAUCUUCUACUCGCUGGGAAUCGGCUUCGGGGGGCUGCUCUCCAUGGCUUCCUAUAACAAGUUUGAUAACAAUGUAGUGAGGGACACUCUGGUCAUCGCCAUCGGGAACUGCUGCACAAGUUUCUUUGCCGGAUUCGCCAUAUUUUCGGUGCUGGGUCACAUGGCGUGGAAGAAGCAGGUCCCGGUGGGAGAAGUGGCCGACUCAGGUCCGGGCUUGGCGUUCGUGGCCUACCCAGAAGCCCUCGCUCUGCUGCCAGGCUCCGUCUUCUGGUCCAUCCUGUUCUUCUUGAUGCUCUUCACGCUGGGAGUCGACACUCUGUUUGGGAACAUGGAGGGCAUCACCACGGCCGUGCUGGAUGAGUUCCCGUCGCUGCGUCACUGGAAGCGCAAAACCAUCUUCCUGGCAGUCUUAUGCUUUUGCUUCUACCUGAUGGGACUUCUCCUCGUCACGGAGGGCGGCAUCUACUGGUUCACGCUGAUAGAUUCCUACAGCACCAGCUUCGGACUCAUCAUCAUCGCUCUGUUCAUGUGCCUGGGCAUUGCUUUCUUCUACGGCGUGAAUCAGUUCUGCGACGAUAUAAUAGACAUGAUCUGCAUGUGUCCUCCGUGGUGCACCAAACUCCUGCUCUACUUCAAGGCCUGCUGGGUGCUCUUCACCCCCGUCCUGUUGCUGUUCAUCCUGUUUUAUAUCUUCAUGGAGAUGUAUAAUACCCCUCUGCGCUACGGCAACUACGAGUACCCCCGCUGGGGCAAGUCGCUUGGCAUAUGUAUGGGAACUCUGUGCUGCAUUCAGAUACCCAUCUGGGCUGGAGUCACCAUCUUCAAGGAGCCGGGGACUAUAAUCGAUAGGUUGAAGAACUCGAUGCGUCCGUUAAAUUCCUGGCGCACGUCCGGCGGCCAACGGGAUCAGAGCAACGCGGUUAUCGACGUGCCGUACACCGUCAACCUGACGCACCAAGACUUCAAUGACCCGUUAUGGCAGACGGGGGGCGUCAGCGAGGCCUGAGCCGCAAAGCCAUGCGCUUGUGUGGCAGAACGUGGCUGGGAGAGGGGGGCUUUCCGUGACACCCCCCUAUUAUACAACAUACAAACUAAA